AAACAUGUGCUAUAUACCUGUUCAUGGUAAAAGAGUUACAGAGACUUCAGGAGAGCUGACUAGGCAAGAUGUUAAAAAGAAUAAAAGCAGUAUUUUCUAGAGCAAAAUUAUCACCUGAAGAAAUAGUCUGCAAGAAUGAAGCUGCCCCUCCUCCACCCAAGGAAUCUACAGGCCAGGGUGAAAAUAAAAAACCAGAUGAACCACAGAAAGAAGAGGCCAACAAGAAAGCAGAACCUACAACAAAGCAAGAAGGUACAGUAUCAGUGAAAGAACCUGAGCCUUCAAAACCUGAAAAACCAUCUGAACCAGCUAAGACAACUCAACAGGAAGAGCAUCAGCUCAAUGAUGGGAAAGAAGAUGCUAACACACAGAAGCCAACAUCUUCAGGUUUCCAAACAAAUGAAUAUGCUGAUGCUCAGCUUCAAGAGAUUGUCAGAAAAAUGCGGGAAAGGACAACAGUCUAUAAGGAUAAGCUGAAAGACCCAGUGCUGUCCUCCCCUGAAGGCAGUCCUGAAGCUUCUCCAUCAAAGAAGAAGCCACCACCACCACCAAAAGAGGAAAAAAAAGAAGAAAAGAAAGAAGAAGUGGAAGCAAAGCCAGAGGAGGAUCAUUACUGUGACAUGCUGUGCUGUAAAUUCAAGAAACCUCCACUGAAAAAAUACAUGGAGUAUCUGCAGCUCCCAGACAGCAUAGACUCAUAUACAGAUCGCCGUUAUGUAGCAUGGCUCAUGCUUGUGACAAUUGCCUAUAAUUGGAAUUGCUGGUUUAUUCCCCUACGUUUUGUGUUUCCAUAUCAAACUCCAAGUAAUAUAAUAUAUUGGGUUGCUGUAGACAUCAUAUGCGAUAUCUGCUACCUGUGUGACUUACUGAUUUUCCAGCCACGAGUGCAGUUUUUAAAAGGUGGAGAUAUAAUAUCAGACAAAGUGGAAAUGAAGAAAUUCUACCACAGCACUGUGAAGUUUCGGCUCGAUGUGAUAUCAGUAUUGCCGUUUGACGUUUUAUACUUCUUCUUCGGAUUUAACACAGCAUUUAGAGCAAAUAAGAUACUAAAGCAUAACACAUUCUUUGAGUUUAAUGAUCGUUUGGAAGCUAUUCUGGACAAAGCAUACAUCUACAGGGUCAUUCGAACAACCGGAUACUUGCUGUUUAUCUUGCACAUUAAUGCAUGCCUGUAUUAUUGGGCUUCAGACUAUGAAGGACUUGGCAGCACGAGAUGGGUGUAUGAUGGCGAAGGGAACAUGUAUCUGAGAUGUUACUACUGGGCGGUUCGUACUUUAAUCACCAUUGGUGGCCUUCCAGAACCACAAACUCUGUUUGAGAUAAUUUUUCAACUACUGAAUUUUUUCUUGGGUGUCUUUGUCUUCUCCAGCUUAAUUGGUCAGAUGAGAGAUGUAAUUGGAGCAGCUACAGCAGGACAGAAUUACUACCGUUCCUGUAUGGAUAACACUGUGUCCUAUAUGAACACUUAUUCUAUUCCAAGAUUGGUCCAAAAUCGUGUUCGAACCUGGUAUGAAUACACGUGGGACUCUCAGGGAAUGCUAGAUGAAUCAGAAUUACUGGAGCAGAUGCCAGUCAAAAUGCAAUUAGCCAUUGCAAUUGAUGUGAACUUUGCCAUUGUCAGUAAAGUCGACUUAUUCAAAGGGUGUGAUAACCAAAUGAUAUAUGACAUGCUGCUAAGGUUGAAAUCCAUUGUGUAUUUACCUGGUGACUUUGUCUGCAAAAAGGGAGAGAUUGGCAGAGAAAUGUACAUCAUCAAACAGGGUGAAGUUCAAGUCCUUGGAGGCCCUGAUGGUACAAAAGUCCUGGUUACACUAAAAGCAGGAGCUGUAUUUGGGGAGAUAAGUCUAUUAGCUGCAGGUGGAGGAAAUCGAAGGACUGCCAACGUGGUGGCUCAUGGUUUUGCCAACCUUUUCAUUCUGGACAAGAAAACACUCAACGAAAUCUUGGUGCACUAUCCUGACUCAGAAAAACUUCUCAAGAAGAAAGCAAAGGUGCUGCUGAAGGCGAAAGGAAAACCUGCUCCAGGACCACCAGUGCAACAACCACGGGGCUUGGCAGGUCUGUUUGGGCAGAAACAGGAAACUCCAAAGAUGUUUAAAGCACUGCUUGGAGGAAAAGGAAAAGAAGGUCUUGCUAAGCUGCUGCAGCUGAAAAGACAACAAGACGCUCAGGAAACUCCAGCUGAAGCAGAGAAGAAGCCUGAACAAGAUAAGAAAUCUGAGGAGCCCAAGACCUCAUCUGCACCUCCUGCACAAAACAAAGAGCCAGAUGCAGACACUAAUCCUGCAGUGAUGAAGAGAGAAACCAGUAAAGAGUCUCUGAUUAUUAGCAUGUCUCCAUCUCCCACAGCAGGAGAAGGAGAGAUCCUUAAAGUUGAAAUUAAGGAAAAAACAAAGAAAUAGAUGGUGCUUUGGGUUGUGGCCCAUCUAUUGUCUUGCCGAAUUCAGAGGACUAGCAUGACUUUGGUUUUGGGUACAGAAGCUAAAAAUAGAGGCUUCCGAAGAGGAAAAAAACCCACUCCAGCUCCUCUUCUUCCCUCUCUCCUCUUUCAGAGAACUGGUAUAUACUCAUCUCUUAACCUUGAGCCCGAAGAGAGAACUUCUGUAACAGGAAUCAGUGCUGAGAUUGUAUAUCAGGACCACGUAUUUCUUAUUCGAAUCAUGCUCUCCCUUAUCUCUUAUGCUGUCUUGUUUCUGCUUCUCCUCUUCCCUCUACUGUUUAUUCUUGCUUUUUUACUGCUGUCCCUAUUGCUUAGUUUGUUCUUAAUUUUUGUAUGUGUCGUCUUCCAUCUUCUCUUCUGGUUUCCCAUGGUUAUCCUUUUUCUUGUUACUGCCCUAUUGUUGCUGAGGUUACUUACAUUUCUCUUGAUCCUCCUCUUUCCCGCCCUCAUACUUCUAAUCAGUGACCUGCUUUUGUGAUCAGUGUGGCUCAGUGCAGAAAGCUGUAAUGUGAAAGGCAGCGAUGUUUUAGCCUGGGGCAGAGGGCUAAAAACCAAAACCACCGUCAAAAGAUAAAAUCACAAAAUACACAACAGGGAAGCAAACUGCAGAAUUAUAGUCAGUCUUUUGAAAGUAUAAACAUCUGCUCCAGUUGUCCUUGACUGGUGAAUAAACAUGGCAAAGCUCAGAUAUUCCCCCAACACUCCCUGGGGUGACCUUUUACUUUGGGCUGCUUAUUUAUAUUUAUCAUUAAUAAUGCUCUCUAAAGAGCAUUCAGUGGAUACUGGCUAACUUUUUGAAGAACCUUGGUACCCAAACUACCCAUUUCACAAACAAAGGCUUAUUCUACAAUAAGUAGGAUUUAUGCUUUCUGGCACUGUGGUGCAUAAUUUCAACCAACACUCCAGUUGUUCAUCUACAUCAAAAUGGACCUCAAUGGUGCAAAGCGAGCCCUAUCAGGGUUCAGCUACGUCAUACCUAUGAACAAAAGUAAACCCUUUGCCGGUGCUACAGCUGAGAGGGCUACGCUAACAAGGAUCCCACACGCUGUCAACCUUCUGGAUCGACUCAACACAGAAAGGGAUAUCAUAUUAAAAGGCCAGAUUUGUGUUUUAAACUUAACUCUUAGCUAUAUUUCUCUUCCAUGGGGUUGAAUCUCCUCUCUCUUCCUACCCAUCUUCAGUUCCCACUGGAUAAACAGUUCUGGGAACUCAAACCAUUAUCCAAAGGCCAAACUAAGAAGUCGUAAGGGCAGGCUUCACAGUUCCUCAGUUGACCAGCCAAUCAGGCCAAAAAUUAAAACAACUCACUUUGCAGGUUAUAUAUGAUCCUGCAGGCUAUGCAUUCCGUAGGCCUAUUCUUUAAAGCCUUUAAACUUCUCUGAUCACAGGCCAAGCUGGGAGCCCACCAGAACCAGUGGGAGAUUGGCUUGAGUAAAAGCUGGAUGAUCGAAUUCUGUGCAUUUUAUAUUCCACACAAAUUCUGACAUGACCAAAACCCAAAUCUUUCUUAAUAAGAAAGUUGUGUUGCAUUAGCAGUGAUGUCAACGUUCAACUGCUAACGGUAAGAACCAUCUAUUUGUAUGUGACUUAUUAUUUAAUAUGUAAGAAAAAAGGAUGUUGCAACAGGUAGAAAAUGAUAAGAUGCAUCAUAAAGAAUUGUUCCUCUAUGGCACAUCCACAAAUGUCUUAACACAAUCCCAAGAUUAGAACUACUGCAGAAUUGCUUCACAAAACUGGCCUUCUGUAAGUAAUAAUGAUCUAUAAAUUCAUUACAAUAUAUGGUUCUUGCAUUUCUUGAGAGGGAGUUGUCAAAACAUUAUGAAGAGGGGGAAAAAAAACCCAUAUAAACCUCCAUCUUUUAAUAUUUUUACAUAAAUGAGUAAAGCUUGUUCUUAUUGCUAAAGAUCUGAUCCUUUUCUGCCCAUGCAAAUGGUGCCAGGUCAUUUCAAACAUUUCCACUGUUGCCAUAUUUAAGUUCAUCAGUCACACAGCAUAAUAUAUUCCAAAGUAAGGGCUGAGACUACAGCAACAAGCAUUAUACUGCAGCAACAGAGCAUCCCACAAGCUGCUGUUUUGCUACAGCUUUUAACAAUUCUGGAUUGCAGCAAAGCCUGUCAGUUCUGUCUGCAAAAUUACCCAGUUACACACAGCUUUCAAGUUCCUUAGACCGCAAAAUGAAACAGGAGAGAUGUGAGUAUUUGCAGAAGAUCACGUCCACACAGAAGUAACAUCCAGCUGUGUUUCUCCGACAUCCUGCUCUUCUGUUGUUGGAAGUAUUUACCGUUCCCAGAAUGUUUAGGGGUCAGGAGGGGCAGAAAAAGCCCAGGAAUCCAAGCUGCAACUAUUUAUAGGAUUUUCACCAGAGGAUACGACACAAGAAAAGUAAAGAUGUAGUAAAUCCUUUAAGGAACUGAUUCUGCCCUGUGGAAUCCUGACUGGUGGAGAAGUUGAGUGAAUUGCUCUAGUGUACUUAGAAGAUGCAACUUCCAGCUCGUUCAGGUUCUGUAUGGCACUGCACUCUGCUCCACCACUAUGUCUCUAGUAUCUCCCAAUUUCCCAAUAAAGCAUCUCAGAAUUGACUACAUUUGAGUGUCAAGAAACUGAAGGGUAGAGUAGGAAAAUGUAUUUGAAAACUAAAAAUAAAUGAAUUACUUAAAAUGUAGAUGCUGUUCUGAAAAAAAAAUUUGGAAAAACUGGUAAUAAUUGUACGAAAUAAGCAUGCUCGGCAAAACUCUAACGUGGCAAAAAUCAUGAAACAGUCACUGCUAAAACCAUCCAGUUUCAGAAUAUCUUCUUGCUAAAAGCUAUACG